AUGUGUAAUGGAAGUGAUGCUUCGAAUCCAAUGGCUGAUUUAAUAUCAGCAGCACAUUGUGUUGAAAAUCGAAGUAAUAUCAAUAAAGUGGAUAAUUCAGUUUAUUCUAUUUCUAAUGAAGUUGUUGAUUUUACCUUUGACUGCAUCUAUGAUUUAGAACCUUUGGGUUUUGAGAAACAUUCUGUAAAAGAUGAUGAUCAUUAUAAAGGGUUUGAAUCUCAAGAUCCCUUAGAAGAAAUUAAUCUAGGGACUCUUGAUGAUGUUCAAAUUACAUAUAUUUCGGGAAACGAAAUCCUUAGUUUUAUGGACAGUUACUCCGGAUAUAACCAAAUCUUCAUUGCAGAAGAUGACGUGUCCAAAACUGCUUUUCGUUGUCCUGGGGCAUUAGGCACUUAUGAAUGGGUGGUUAUGCUUUUUGGCUUGAAGAAUGCUGGUGCAACGUAUCAGUGA